AUGUCGGUCUUCAAUGGGAUGAGCUCCAACAUAAUUACAGUAUCUAUAACUUUAAGUCUUCUUUAUUAUGCGUUAAAGCAAACCAAGCUUUACUUCACGAGACGCCAAUUCCAAAAAUCAAACGGUUGUCAACCCGCUCAAGUAAAAUACCCUCUGAAAGAUCCAAUAUUUGGCCUCGAUUUAGUAUUAGAUACAAUCCAAAACGCCAAAAAUCUACGACACCUCGAAGGAACUUGCAAGCGUUAUGAGCAGCACGGAACAACCUUUACAUCCAAACUUAUUACGUAUCCCACAGUCUUCACAAUCGAUACAGAGAAUGUCAAAACCAUUCUUGCAACAAAAUUUGAUGAUUUUCGGCUCUCGUCUAUUCGAGUCGAUGCAAUGAAACCCGUAUUCGGACAUGGAAUUUUUACGACUGAUGGAAAAUUGUGGCACAAAUCUCGCGCACUCCUUCGGCCUACUUUUGCGAAAGAAAGUAUUUCUAACCUCGAGGUUGCCGAGACACAUUUCCAACAUCUACUAAAUCGUAUCCCUCGCGAAGGGUCUACUAUUGAUCUACAAGAUCUCUUCUUCAAAUUCACCAUAGAUACAGCUACCCAGUUUCUGUUUGGACAUUCCGUCAACUCUCAGUCCAAUUCAGAUCAUUCCUCGGGUGGUGUAUCCGAUGCAGAUUUUGUUGAGCAGUAUACGUAUACCCAACUCGAAGCAUCUCAUAAUGUACGACUUGGCCCACUUGCACGAUUUCGAUAUAACCCUGCAGCCAACAGGGCUCAGAGGACCGUUUUCAAAUAUGUCGAUCAUUACAUAGAUGCAGCUCUCGAUGCGCUUAAGAAGGAUGAAAACAAGACCAAAACAAAGGAUGUCAACUCUGGCCCCUAUGUUUUUCUUGAAGAAAUAGCCAAGUUGACCACAGAUCGACAGGUUCUGCGGGAUCAGGUAUUGAAUACUCUUCUAGCGGGCCGAGAUACAACAGCUAGUUUACUUAGCAAUCUUUUUUUCAUGCUAGCGCGAUAUCCGGAUGUAUGGAGAAGGCUACGAGCUGAAGUGAUGGAACUUGACGGUCAGUUACCGACGUAUAAUGAUCUGCGAAACAUGAAAUAUCUACGUCAAUGUAUUAACGAAUGUGCUGAUCGAAUAGCUCUCCGUAUCCAUCCCGUAGUCCCUGCAAACACUCGCGAAGCCGUCCGCGACACUUAUCUUCCACGUGGUGGGGGGGAAGAUGGCCAAGCGCCGCUAUUCGUUAAAGCGGGUACCCAGGUUCUAUAUAGCGUGUACUCGAUGCACCGUCGUAAAGAUCUAUUUGGUGAAGAUGUGGAAACUUUCCGUCCAGAACGCUGGGAUCAUAUACAGCCAAAAUGGGAAUUUCUGCCAUUCAAUGGAGGGCCGAGAAUUUGUUUAGGGCAACAAUUUGCAUUGAUCGAAGCGUCGUUUGUGAUUGUAAGAAUGUUGCAGGAAUUUGAAGAGAUUGAGCCAAGAGAUGAAAAGCCAUGGCAAGAAGCAUAUACUCUGGUUGUCUGUUCGCACAAUGGGACACAAGUAUCGUUAAAGUGCGCUGCAUAA